CGGUGCUAGUUGAAGCCACAUUUCCACAUGCUGAGUGUAGUGAGAGCAUAGGUUUCCACACCGGUGUUAGCAAAGUAAUACAAACCCUUAUUAGAUUUAGCUGUAGAUUUAGUGGUUAGCGUACGUGCUGAACAGCAGAUAAAGCUGAGUAGCUGAAUGUUAAAGACAAGUAAACUCGAAAAGUGAAAACAUGGAGACUCAGUAAAGGCUAAAUGCCGCUGAAUAGCCCUGAAGUACACAGACUUUUAGGAUUGUACGGCUCCACAUUAGGAGCAAUUUACUAACAGCCCCGUAGUGCAGAGGACGCUUAGGGCCAUGGCAGGCAAAGGUCGUGGAGUAGCCGCUUUUACCUUCAACAUUGAGGCUCUGGGCAUCGGCAGGGGUAGCAUGCCAGAAGCCAGGGUGGGGCCCAGUCCGCUGUUUCCAAGCACAGACUUUAAACCAGUUCCGCUGAAAGUUGGCGAGGAUGAGGACUACAUGCUGGCCCUGAAACAGGAGAUGAGGGGAACGAUGCAACGGCUGCCACACAACAUCAAGCCUCAGUCCAACAGAGCAGAAGUGGAGAGAUACACGGAGAGAUACCUAAAGCAAAGCCAGAUGGAUGAUGGGGAAUGGACUCCAGAUUGGAAACUUUUCCCAAAAGAACUGAUGCCCCAAAAGAAAAAACCUCGUGCUAAAGCAGGCACAAAGAAGAAAACAGUGAAGCUGUCACGCAAAGACACAGACGAUAUGCUGAGUAAAUUAGAUGCACUGGCAAAGAAAGGUGAUGGUAAUCCUGAAAAAUCUGAUGAUGAGACUGAAAAGAAACCAGGGGAUGAGGAUGAAGAAGAAAUUGAAGGGGAAGAAUAUGAUGAAGAGGAUAUUGAAGAGGAGAAUGACUACAUAGAGAGCUAUUUUGACAAUGGCGAAGAUUUUGCUGCAGACAGUGAUGACAAUAUGGAUGGAGAAGCAACAUACUGAGACAGGAUGACUAAGCUAUGCAGACUCAAGCAAGCGUUACUGCUGAAGUGAACACU